AUGGCAGAUUCAAAGAGGAAACAGCCAGCUUUGGAUGGCGGUAGUGGCCGGCCCGCAAAGAAAAGCAAGGGUGGACAAGGCUCCGGCAAGUGGCAGACGCCACAGCACAAGGCAAAGGUCGCCAGUCUUCAGGACAAGGGCGUCGCCCUCGGGGUCGGAGACAAGGGUAUCUGGGUCACGUUUGCCAGAGGCAUGGAUGGAAAGUCCAUCAGUGAAUUUAGCGCGCUGUGUGACGAGUACGCAAAGACUCUCUACGGCAUCGUUCCUCCAGGAGAAGACGUCGAAUCAGACGAGGAAGACGUGGACAUUGAGGUCUCUAUUAAAAAGGAGCUCGACGGCAUCAGUGCCGUCAAUAGAGGCAAGAUCAAGCGUAGCUUCAAGGCCAUCAAGGCUGGUAUCGAGUGUGUUUUCUUCAUGAAGACGAGGGAUCCUAUCGACCCCGUGGAGCUUUGCCGCCGCAUAUGCCUAGACGCCCGCAGCUGCGCCGACCUCAAAGAGCGGAAGACCAAGUACAUCAACCGACUGACGCCGGUGACCUUUGUGGACAAGGCAUCUGAGAACGGCGUGGCACGAGUCGCCGGCAAGGCUCUGGCUGCGCAUUUUGACCUGACAGAGGAGACUUCCCGGGCCACAGAAAGCGGUGCUGAGAUGGCGGAAGAAGAGCGUAAAGCCCAGGUCGAGAAGCCAGCCUACACGUACGCCAUCCGACCUUCUAUACGCAGUAACAGCUCACUAGAUCGCGACGUGCUCAUUAAGCAAAUCGCCAGUGUCGUCAGCCCGCGGCACAAGGUCGACCUCACCAAUGCUGACAAGGUCAUACUCGUCGAUGUCUUCCAGAGCUUCUGCGGAAUGAGUGUUAUUGAACGCAGUGACUGGGAUGGGCUAAAGAAGCUCAACGUCAACGAACUGUAUAAGGCGUCUCCUGGAGCAAAGGCAAAUUGCUCAGCCCCGAAAGAAAGCGAAGAAAAGGUGGUAUGA